AUGAAGCUUUUUUCGGUUGCCUCCGCCGUUUUUGCUGGCGCCAUCGCCCUGGCAGCUGCUGCGCUAACCGAGGAGGCCGGUCCCGUAGGCCUCCCCGCCGACUACGAGGGCAUUGUCCAAGUACUCGAUGAUGGCACUCUUGUGCCAAUAGCCAAUGUCACCACUUCCAGCGGCGGUGCUGUCGAGAAGAGAGCCGCCGGCACUGUAAAGGGAUACCUCUGGACAAUAGACUGCACUGACGAGCAUUACGACUGGGGAGUGGGCAACGGAUGUUUUGCGUACUACACUGGCAGCACGCUUCGCGAUAUGUACUCAGUUCUAGCCACUGGGAAUAACUGUCACCUAGAGUUCUUUGGUAACGGCCAGUGUGCCUACUUUUCCAAGGCGGACUUGCGUGGGUCGAAUGUCUGCGGACAUAUUACUGGCAGCCAGGCGUUCCAAAGUGUUCGAGUGAACUGUAACUGA